CGUUUUCACGAUCCUGCAGUGGAGUGACAUUCAGAAAGCACAGAACUACUACAGUACAACAUUCUCUGCAAGGUGUUUCCGGAUGUCUCCAGAGAUGAUGUAUAAUGUCAUCUGUGUUUAUCUGAUUACUUCCGUCCAUAUCGGCGGUUACGUCACAUAUGCAGAAAAUGUGUAUUCCGUAGCGCCAACGGAACAGGCGGUUGCAACAGAGAGGUCACCAAAUGCGAUUGAACUGGAGAUACCAUCUCUUUAUUACUAUCUCAGCGGAAACCUCCGUCUUUCUUUCAAACUGGCAAAAAACUUUAUGUACGGUGACUACAGGGGUGAUUUGAUAAAUCUAUCAGACAAUGCAACCGUUUAUUCUGAGCCAUUGUAUUUCUCAUCUAAAAAUCCAUGGGGAACAAUCGAAAUUCCCUGCACAACAUUCCUGGCGCCCGGUGUGUAUGCCUUUCACAUUUUCCCAACCGGAAAGGCUGUGCCACGGGUCAGCAGCGGUGCACCGGAAAUGGUUUCCCAUCCCAUUGAGGUCCGCUGGCUGGAGUCCAUUAAAUGGUUUUUAUCAACGCGCGAUAUCCGCACAUCGUCCCAGGCACUGAUCGCCAACGUGUCGCUCUACUCACAAACCGCCUGCCCGCAACAGGAACCGGCCAAUAUCAGUGUGUCCGUGAACCUGCAUUAUACCAGGCCAGCAGGCAACCGGGCCACGGAGGUGGUCACCUCCCGCCGUUUAGUCUGGCCAUUCGGCACCAUCCGCAGCCCCAUCAACUCAUCUCUACAGUUUCCCUGCCAGUUUUUCGAUCGCCCAGGGAGUUAUUAUACAAGUUUAUCCCUGACUGUGCAGGGACGGAAGAUUAUUCUGGAUAGGAGUCCGAGUAUUAAUGCUUCCCGACGGCUUUCUGAUUAUUCCCUCCAUGUAAUGGCCGAACACAUUAGCCGCUGCAUCAACAGCACAGCCAAGGCCGAGGACAGCGGCGGUGUCAGAGUGGCGUAUAAAGCUCCGCAGUGCCUCGGCAAUGACAGGCUCCGCUUGUACCAGAUCAGGCGAGGCUCAUUAUACAGCUCGACAUACAAAGGGAUCGAUAUUAAUAAUUUCCAACAGGUCUACUUGAUGGAAAAGUCGAUUCGGUCGCGACCGCGUUUUGCCAGUUUUCACUUUCCGUGCCAUAUUUUUUCCUCCCAUCGAGCGGAUGCGGUGGGAUUCUGCUUCGUAUACACAACCAUCUCCAGGGACGGCCAGUCCAAUGAAUUACCGGAAACACGUCAAUGCUUUCCUGUGCCGGCCCCUGCAGAGGAACGAGCACGAAAUUGGGGUCAACGUGCAGAAUGGUCGGAAUGGGGUGCAUGGUCUCCUUGUACGCAAACCUGCCGUAAAGGUCAUGAAGACAUAUCGGUGCGUAUGCGGUACCGCAGAUGCAUGAUCGGGACAAACGAUUUUUACGGACAUCUCUGCUCUGGGAAAGGCCUUGAAACGAUGGAAUGUCAUGUUCCCAGAUGCAAAAAUUAUGCCGCUAAUGAUUCCCAAGUUGCAAACGUAAUGAUUUGGUUCCCAAACUCCAACCCGAAUGGCGAAACAGUAAAAGAUUCGAUUGUGGAAUACACCAACAUUGGCAUACUGGGAUUUUAUGCACGGGAAAAAAGCGAUCUAUCCGGCUUUCUGGAAGGGGACGAAUACUUUGUUCCUGUUGUGAUAAGUGCAUCAAUCUUUUUGAUCCUCUUGCUUAUGCUGACAGCCUACCCUUCUAUCUGCCGUCUGCACAGUUUGCCCAAUCCGCCACGAAAAAAACCUGGAAAUUCAUCAAAAGAUAACGACAGAGAUUCACGCUACCUCUUGAUUUCUAAAGACGAUGAACCACAUAGGCGCAGUCCAAAACCGGUAAUGGUCAAUGUGACCCAGUAUGAUCAGCGCAACGCUUCCGUGGAAAUGCGCACAUUUCCAGCAUCAACAAAUUGUAAUCCACUUGUGAGCACUGCGAGAGGUGUUCAGAACUCUCUUUCCAAAGUGAACGAAAAUAAAGAUUCAGUACAGACGAAUUCGUAUGGAACAGAAAGAUGUAGAAUAAAUGGCAAUGUUAUUCGCGAUGAUAAAGCGCCUUGGGAAACACCACAGUCGGCUUUGCACAACGCCGUUAAUAUGCAACGUGCUAACAGGCUGAACGACGGCGGGACUACCGACAGUCCGAAAUCAUCGCGUUAUUCCCAGGUAUCUUCGCGACCGGAAACUGGCGAUGUCCAAGAUCUAGAAUACGAUGAUUUUAUUCCCGACCCGAUUGAUGAUGAAGACCAUGUUAAUACGUGGCCGGCUAAAACGCUGGACAUCCAGGUGUUCGCCACUGCGUACGAGGAAAUCUUGAAAGAGCUAAGCAGCACGCAGCCGAAUCCGCUGCAGUCUGGGAAUGUUUCUUUUGACAGUGUAGACGAAGAACAAGCAUGUAGACCUGUGCUUACGGGGUAAUUCCAGAGCAUUAGCACAGCUUGCGAUGUGUUCCGUGAUCCCAAUCUCAGUGUUCAUAUUAUAAAAAUUUUCAGUACAUUGCCCGAGUAAAACAACUUGCAAAAAAAACGUUAACUUAACGUUAGGAAACGGCUAAAAUUGACACACAUCCGUUAACCUAGCGGUACUUAAAUGUUA